CGGAAAAGUGAGAUUCCGUGCCGUUUGCUCGGAGGCGCAUAAGCCGGGUACACGGGCACACGCAUUCACAUGCGCUCGUGCACGCGCGUCUCCCCCGCGCAGUCCCAGCAGCACUCCGUCGCCGCUCCCGCAGCGCAUCCGGUGCCGGUCCUACAGAGCAACCCCGACGGCGUGCGGGAACCGGCUGGACAAGACCGGGAGCACCGUGCGUGCGUGCGAGCUUCUCCGCUUGCCCUGCGCAUACCCAACGGAGGCGAGAUGCAGCAUCCCGUUUCGGGGGGGACUUGCGUGGCUCUGCCCAACGUGGACAUGUGUCCGCAGCUGUCCUGUGCCUUGACGUUCAUGUACCUGCAGCAGGGUAAUCAGGACGCCACGGCACCUCCUGAAACGAUGGCUCAGCCCUACGCCUCAGCCCAGUUUGCAGCCCCCCAGAACGGCAUCCCUGCAGAGUACACGGCGCCCCACCCGCACCCCGCCCCGGAGUACACAGGCCAGACCACGGUGCCCGAACACACGAUAAAUAUGUACCCACCGGCGCAGACGCAUGCCGAGCAGAGCGGGCCCGACUCGGGCGUACAGACGGUCUCCGGCACAGCCACACAGACAGACGACGCAGCACAGACCGAUGGGCAGCAACAGACGCAGUCAUCCGACAACACGGAGAGCAAAACGCAGCCCAAGCGGCUGCACGUCUCCAACAUCCCGUUCCGCUUCCGGGACCCGGACCUCAGGCAGAUGUUCGGCCAAUUCGGCAAAAUCUUAGAUGUUGAAAUAAUUUUUAAUGAGCGAGGAUCCAAGGGAUUUGGUUUCGUAACUUUCGAAAAUAGUGCCGAUGCGGACAGGGCCAGGGAGAAAUUACACGGCACGGUGGUUGAAGGCCGUAAAAUAGAGGUUAAUAACGCAACAGCGCGGGUCAUGACAAAUAAAAAGACAGUCAACCCUUAUGCAAACGGCUGGAAGUUGAAUCCCGUGGUGGGUGCAGUUUACAGCCCAGAAUUCUAUGCAGUGCCAGGCUUCCCGUAUCCAGCGGCGACGGCAGCAGCUGCUUACCGGGGGGGCCACCUACGAGGCCGAGGGCGCACCGUCUAUAACACGUUUCGGGCCGCAGCGCCUCCACCGCCGAUUCCCGCCUAUGGAGGUGUUGUAUACCAGGAUGGAUUUUAUGGUGCAGAUAUUUAUGGUGGUUACACUGCGUACAGAUAUGCCCAGCCUGCUGCUGCCACUGCUGCUGCCUACAGCGACAGAAAUCAUUUCGUCUUCGUUGCAGCAGAUGAAAUGUCUUGUAACACCUCUUCAGUUACGGACGAGUUUAUGCUACCGAUCCCUACCACCACACACUUGCUCCAGCAGCCACCUACAGCGUUGGUGCCAUGAAUGCAUUUGCACCUCUGACUGACGCCAAGACUAGGAGCCAUGUUGAUGACGUGGGCCUCGUUUUGUCUUCAUUACAGGCUAGUAUAUACAGAGGGGGAUACAGCCGUUUUGCGCCAUACUAAGCGGGAACAUAAGAGAAAAAAAAACACAAAAAAUACUAAAACCUUUGGGUGGGGACACAAAGACAAGCUUUCCGAGGCCUGGGUAUUGCAAUACAUGCAGUUGUGCAUCAUUUUAGCAUCUCUAAAGAGAGAGGAAAACCAGAUAUUUUUCAUCUUAUACCUCAGAUAUUUUGUUCUGUGUAUUUUAAUAUUGUGCAUCUUAAUUUUUAAAAGGUUACAUAGAUUGUUGGCUGUAGAGGUUUCUGUGGUGAUCUAGAAAGCUGCUAGAUAUUAAAAAAGAAAAAUCUAAAUCCAAUUGUUAGGGCCACAAUCAAGUGUGCGUUAUCAUGUAAAUUAAUUAUGUAUAAUAAAUAUUAAGUCGUUCGGAAUUAUCACAUUUUGUAUAAGUGUAAGUGACUACAAUGGUCAUGUUUUAUUUUUAUUAUUGUUUUAUUUUAUUUUUUUUACAUUAUCUCUGUUUCUGAGUUGAUAAUGUACUGUGUGUUUACGGAUGAUCAGAGGGAUAAGAAGUGGUAUGGGGGAUGGAUGUCAAAGCCUAAAAAUCUGAUUGGCUGGUGGGCAAGGACGGUAGCUCUGAGUGGCGGCUCGUAGGUCCAAUGGGAGUGCAGCUGCGAGAGGACACCACUGUAUCAGUCUUAUUAGUUGUAUUGUUUGAUUCAUCACUCAAAGCCAAAGGUUACGUUCCUGGGGUGUUACACUUGUACAUUCAGAUUUUUGCAUAGAAACUGUCUAAGGAAACCCCUAAAGAUAUUCAGCAAGACAGUAUUUUACUGUUCAACCUAGUUCUUUAGUCAAAUCCUCACUAGUUUAGGCCGUUUAAAGAGUAUUCUUUUUAUAUUGCUUCCAGUAUAUAAAUUGAUAUUAUUGCUGACUUUUAUAUUAUGGGAAAGAAAAAAAAGACGACAAAACCACUGUUUCUAUUUUUUCUUUUUGUUUUUCAGAAGGAAAGUAAAAAAAAAAAAAACUAGAAUUAUUUGUACCAGGUUUAAAAAAAAAAAUAAGAAAACAAUACAACUAUGUAUACUAUUUGAAGUGUGCAGUGGAUAUGUUCUGUUAUAUAAAAUUACACGACAGUAUGAUGUUUUAGAAUUAGUCUAGUAGAGCAGUUGUUAGAGUAAGGUGUAUCAUUUUUUAUGGAAUUAAAUGAUAAUCAUAUUCAGAUUUCUAUAAACAUUUUACAGGUAUUCCAAUCAUGUAUGUAGAGAUAAUCAUGGUAUUUUUGUCAGCUUGGUAUUUUUAGACCUUACUGUGUUGCACAAACACACGAACUGCAGUUAUUUUUGUUUGUUUUUUUUGUGGAAUAUUACAUUGAAUUUUUUUUUUUACUGUGCUUUUCCUAAUUUUCUUUAGAUAUUAUUUCAGUGCCAUAUUUCUUUUUUGUAUUUUUUAAAGCCUUUACAUUUUGAAACAGUCUGAUUAUCAAGAAAUGUAUAACUGAUGACACAGAAAAAAAUGUGCAUAUAAAUAUUAAGAAUGGUCAUUCGGUAAAAUACGCUACACACACAAGCUGGUGGUGGGGGAGGGGGGGGGG